UCCUGGCGCACCGGCAUUCCCGGGCCGGGCGCACGAAAGUGGGGCGGCUCAGCCCCGUCCCCGUUGCGCACGGACUGGCCGAGGGCGGUUCCCGAGCAAGCCCCGAGGGCGGGCAGGAAGGAAGGGCGAUGGCGGGGGGCUCUCGCUUGCACCCGGGGAGAGGAGGUGCCGAUAGUCUUUUUCUGGUGGACAUUAAAGAUGAAAAUCUGGAGAAUCUGGAAACAGGGCUUUGCAACAACCAGGCCAAACGUAUGGAAGAAGCCUUAUCUGCCACUGAAGAUCUCUCUGUUCCAGGCCAAAAGAAUAUUAAAGUGGAGGCUUCGUCGAUGAGUUUCCUUCCUCUGUGCAGAGAUGACAGUGAAUGCUGCCUCCUGGUACUCACUGACCCCCAAGAUAAGAACAAAGUAUUAGCAAUUUAUUUGAACAACUCCUGGCGGCUUCCUGAAGAUGUAAUGAAGACGUCUGAUCCUUUCCGGAAAGGCCUGAAACAGGUUCAAACCUUUCAAGAGAGAAUCGUUCUCUACGUCCUUAACUGCAUCAUUUUUGGCAUGUUGGAGAGGAGCUCGACUGACGAUACAGUCUUCGUUCCUCAUCCUAAGAAGGAAGAUGCCAGAAUAUUCUGGAAGAGUGGAGAAGCGGCGGCUUUUUAUACCAUCAAAAGAAGAGGAAAUUUGUGUGGAGAACACACCAGCCAAUGUUACAUGCUCCCAGUUUUGGACACCAUGUUUGUACGAAAGAAGUUUAGAAGACGUGGACUCGGGAUGCAGAUGCUCCAGGAUUUUUGUCAGUCUUUCCCCUCGGAGGAUGCCUUGGGACUCAGCUAUCCUAUCUCGACUGAAAUGGAGAAAGUUUGUCAAAAGUUCUUGGAGACCUACCCAAAGGAGCAGUCUCGGCUGUGGGAAGUGGAAGCACCUGGGGACUGGACCCAGCGUGUUAACAUCUGGCUAAAAAUCCAGCUGGAACAAAGCUUGCCAAAAAUGUCUCUUCCAGAUGCUGAUCGAAGUUCUCCCAUGCCAAAGGAUCAAGACGAUGAAGUCGAGGAAGGCCGGAUAAAUACAAGUCUUGGCUGUAUCCCACAUCUUGGAGCACUGCCAGACAAACCCAUGGCACAUCUUGGUGACCGUAGAGGGGCCCCAGACCUUCCUUCUCAGAGCAAUGAACUUCAAGUUGAGUUGAAAGCUGAAGAACCAAAAAAAUUGAAGAAGAGAACGAGCAGAGAAGAACCAGCUGGAGAGGGUGUUGCGAAGCACUUGAGGACAACGUCCUAAUUUUUGUAAACAGCAGAAGGAAGAGAAAACACACAAAAUCUGAGGAUCGGGUAGCAAGUUAGGAAAUCUCCAGUGAAUAUUUCUUCAUCGAUUGGCAUAUUUAGAGGACUCUGCCCACUGUUUCUCCUCCAUGGCAAUUUGAAGAGAUGUGGACUUCAACUCCCAGAAUUCCCCAGUGAUUGACUGUCAGAACAGCAAGGCGAAGGAAAAUGUA